CGCACCUUAGCGAUAAGCAGCUGAACGAAGGAAACAAGAUGGCGGCCAGGUUUGCAUGUGCUCGUACGUUGGAUAUUAUUCGUUCCAUCAGACAAUAUGGACCUAAAGUCGCCAUGAAAACUUCUACUCAAUUUUUUCAGUCAAGAUGUAUUGUUUAUUCUUCCGUCUUACGUGAAAAAUAUUUCUCCGAUCAACAUGAAUGGGUAGAUGUCAACGAAAACAUUGCAAAAGUUGGGAUAACAAAUUAUGCUCAGGCAAAACUAGGUGAAUUGGUUUAUGUAGAAUUACCAGACGUUGAUGCUGAGGUGGACAAGGAUGAUAUCACUGGCACUGUUGAAAGUGUCAAAGCUGCUUCCGACAUUUAUUCUCCAGUAAGUGGCACUAUCAAAGAAGUAAAUGAAGAAUUAUCGGCUAAUCCUGGUUUAUUAAAUACUGCAGCUGAAAGUGAUGGAUGGGUAUAUACAAUCGAGCUGAGCCAACCAGAAGAGUUGAAUGAGUUGAUGGACCUCGAUGCUUAUAAAGCAUUAUGCGUCGAUGAAGAAGAAUAAAAAAGUUCAAUUUUAUAUUUUUCGUGUUUCAGUUUUAUACUGCGUUUUUAAUUAGUACCAACUUGUACCAGAAAAUGUAUUUUUUAUUAUUUUCGUUAUAUUUUUUAAUCAAAAAAAAAAAAAAAAUAAAUUAUUUUGUAUUGAAAAUUGCGAAGUCCAACAUAUCGGUUUUUUCUUUUUCGAAAUUUUGAUUGAAGAUUUUAUAUUUUCUUUUGUACUUUACCUGCCUUUUUAUACCCACCCUUAACGCCAAACUGUUAGUAGCGACAAAUAUUAACGCCAUCAAGGGUGGGCGUAAAAAUGGGUCAAAAACGAAUGCUUUGUGUACUAUGUAUUAUGAUAGAAUAAUAAAGGAGAAAUUUUA